UGCCAUUUGUUCUGAGCUUCUGUUUGAAGUACCCUACUUUAUCUGAAACAGCUGCUAUACUAUAACCUUGAGUUAGGUAUCUGUUCGGACUGCUGCCGAAAUUCUAUGACAUGGACGGCAUGCCAGUCCAUCACGGGGCACAGUCAUAUACUACUGGCGAUAGAAAGACGCCGAUUAGCUUAAAUGCAUGUCUUUGGACUGCGGGAGGAAACCUGACACUGGGAGAACGUACACACUCCACGCACAGAGAGCAGAGAUGCGCCAACCAUGUAGACUGGCGCUGAGGACCCUGGGCCUCCGAAGAACCCACUCCUGCCCCAACGCCUCCACCCUGGACUUCGUUCCGGCCAGUUCCCCCAUCAGCUCGCUGGCCCUGGAGCGAAUGCAGGACUUCAUUUCCCGGUCGAAGAGGCUGUUCAUGAUCACGGGUGCAGGGCUUUCCACCGAAUCCGGAAUCCCCGAUUACCGCUCAGAAGGGGUGGGGCUGUACGCCCGCACGGACCGCCGGCCCAUUCAGCACGCGGAGUUUGUGCGGAGCGCUAGUGCCCGUAAGCGCUACUGGGCGCGCAACUAUGUGGGCUGGCCUCAGUUCUCGUCCCGGCUGCCCAAUGUGGCACACCUGACCUUGAGUGGCUGGGAGGCACAGGGGAAACUGCACUGGCUUGUCACACAGAAUGUGGACGCACUGCACUCCAAAGCGGGCCAACGGAGGCUCACUGAGCUGCACGGCUGCGCACACAGGGUGGUGUGUCUGGGCUGUGGCGCACUCUCCCCCCGGCAGGCCCUGCAGACCCGCUUGGGGGCUUUAAACCCCGGAUGGGCGGCGGAGGCGGGGGGUGUGGCCCCGGACGGGGACGUCUUCCUGACCGACGAGCAGGUGCAGCACUUCCGUGUGCCGUCGUGCGAGGCCUGCGGCGGCACGCUGAAGCCCGACGUCACCUUCUUCGGGGACACAGUUCACCGAGACACGGUGGGCUUCAUCCAUGAGAGGCUCGCCGAAUCGGACGGGGUGCUGGUGGCCGGAUCAUCGCUGCAGGUCUACUCUGGAUACCGCUUCCUGCUGGCUGCCAGAGAGAGGGAAAUCCCAGUGGCCAUCCUGAACAUUGGCGCCACCAGGGCGGAUCACCUGGCUGCACUGCGCGUGAAUGCCCGUUGUGGGGAGGUCCUGCCUGCCAUCCUGCCGCUCUGACAGCAGGGGGCAAUGUUGCUAACCCUCUAGUGCAGUGUUUCUUAAUGUGGUCCCUGUGGACCCACAGGCAGCCCAUUGGGAGCUUGGUAGGAGCAAAAAUGUGGACUGUCCGGUAGGGAGCUGGGCAGGAGCAAAAAUGUGGACUGUCCGGUAGGGAGCUUGGAGAGAACAAAAGCAUGGACUGAAUGUGGGUCCCCAAGGACCGGAUUGGGAAACACUACUCUAGUGGAACUGAGGCCGGUGGAAACAGAAACCACGGUUACGGUUAACUAAAUGACACAGUGCCUGGUGCCAAUGGGCAAGAGAUGGGACAGUCAUGCUGAGGUGAUGGUUGACUGUUUUCGGAAUAAAGACUGACAGGGGAAUGAGGGUAACGUACCUCAAGCCAGCAGGCUAUCCUGCAGGCUCCCGACUCACCGGCGCCUCACAUGUACAGUGUCCCCUGGGGGUCUGUGUUUACUGUAGCUGGUCUGAUUAUUAGUUAUCUAGUAAUAUUUAUGCUAAACACUAUUUAUUCAUGAAUGCAAGGCUUAGCAGGCUGCAGUGAUCAGAAAUACUGUAUGGUUAAACACAAUCAGAUGUACUGUAUGAAAAUAGGAACUGAGUAGUUAAAAUUAGGGCUGUAUAUCAUCAAAUGACGAUUAUUUGACGCAUGCACAAUAAUCACCAGGGCUUUAGAUGAUAGGCGUAAAUAUUUGUCCAGACGCCAGCCGUUCAGUACUAUACGGACGUUUACUUACGCCCACAACUUGGUAAGCAGAUUAGUAGUAUGCCUAAAAUACUAAUGUGAUGCCCAAAAGUUUGUAAUGUGAGCCGUCCCGUUCUCUACUGACCCUUCAGUGCUUAUUGCUUCCAUGAUAUACCAAACGAUAGCAUGGGGGAUGCUUCACUAACCGAAUGUAAUAAACAUAAGAAUUCACCACAUUUAUAGAUUACCAACUUCUGGACAUUACAAUAUGCAUAUCAUUUAUUUAGACAUACUACUAAUCUGUUUACCAAAUUGUGGGCUUAAGUAAACGUCUGAACAGUAGUGAAAAGCCAGCAUACAUGUUUAUACCUGUCAUUUAUAACCCUGGUGAUUGCAGAGGCACAAUUACAUUUCCAUGUGGUUUUGUGCAAGCCCUAAAUAGAAUGAGGUGCAAAAUAUGGUCUCCAUAUCUUUGUAUAGUUUCUUCAGGUGGCUUUUUAAGUAGUAGUUUUUUUUUCCAUUAAUAAAGUCUGUACCUGAAGGUUUGGAAAUUUCCAGAAAGAAAUCCCUGA